GGACAUCAUCAAUUCAGUGGCGUAGAGAAAAACAAUCCCACGUGUCGGCGCAAAAAUAUCAAUAAAAUACCUGAUAAAGUGUGAAUUAUUUGAUAAAAUGGUGAAGCUUUUCGUGCUCUACGAGCACGCAGCCGGCUUCGGGCUCUUCUCUGUGAGCGAAUUCGAGGAGGUGUCCAUGCUGCUGCCCCAGGUGGAGGCGUCCGUGACGGAUUUGAGUCGCUUCAAUGCCAUCGUGAAGCUGGUGAGCUUCUCGCCGUUCAAGACGGCUGUGGCGGCCUUGGAGAGCGCCAAUGCUGUGUCCGAGGGCAUCCUGCUGCAGGAUCUGGCCACUUUCCUGGACACCACGCUGCCGGCGAAGAAGAAGAAGGUGACUCUAGGUGUUGCGGACGCCAAGCUGGGCGCUGCCAUUGCUGAGGCUCUGGGAAUUCAGUGCAGUCAUGUGGGCGCCGUUCCGGAGAUCCUGCGCGGCAUUCGCAUGCACUUUCCCAGUCUGGUCAAAGGCUUCACGGCCCAGACGGCGGGCGUGGCUCAGUUGGGAUUGGGGCACAGCUAUUCGCGCGCCAAGGUGAAGUUCAACGUGCACAGAUCGGACAACAUGAUUAUUCAGUCCAUUGCCUUGCUGGACAUGCUCGAUAAGGACAUCAAUACGUUCUCGAUGAGGAUCAGAGAGUGGUAUUCCUAUCACUUCCCGGAACUCGUGAAGAUUGUGCCGGAUAAUCGUCUGUACGCGAAGGUGGCGCAGCACAUUAGGGAUCGCAAGAGUCUCACCGACGGUUCGGUGGCGGAGCUGGAGGAGAUUCUGAUGGACUCGGAGAAGGCACAGGCCAUUGUGGAUGCCGCCAAGAUGUCCAUGGGCAUGGACAUCUCCGUGGUGGACCUGAUGAACAUCCAGAUGUUCGCUGGGCGCGUCGUUCGGCUGUCUGACUACCGGAAGCAGCUGGCGGAGUAUCUGCACUCGAAGAUGGGCAAUGUGGCGCCCAAUUUGCAGUCCCUGAUCGGCGAUCAGGUUGGCGCUAGGCUCAUCUCGAAGGCGGGCAGUCUCACGAAUCUGGCCAAAUAUCCAGCGUCGACAGUUCAGAUCCUGGGCGCUGAGAAGGCACUCUUCAGGGCUCUCAAGACGCGCACCAACACGCCCAAAUACGGAUUACUGUAUCACUCCACGUUCAUCGGACGCGCUGGGCUGAAGAACAAGGGCAGAAUCUCGCGAUUCCUGGCCAACAAGUGCUCCAUUGCGUCGCGCAUCGAUUGCUUCACUGAGGCGCCGUCCAGUGUGUUUGGCGAUGCGCUCAGGCAGCAAGUGGAGGAUCGCCUGAAGUUCUACGAGUCCGGAGAGGCGCCCAGGAAGAACACGGAGGUGAUGGAGGAGGCCAUCGCCAUGGCGGAGCAGCAGCAGAAGAGUGAGAAGAAGAAGAAAAAGAAGAAGCGCGCCGCUGAGAAUGGAAAUGUGUCCAUGAAGAGCGAAAACGGCGACGAGACGCUGCCGGCGGACAAUGGCGAGGAAGAAGCCGCGGCGGAGCCGCCCAAGAAGAAAAAGAAGAAGAAGAAGAACAAGGAGGAGGCGUAAAUAUCUUCGAUCCUUCUCUGCGGGAAUUUUCCGUGAUGCUGCCGAUGAUUUUGGUGGAAAGUGAAGAAAAAAAAGUGUAGCAUUCAUGUUCAGAAUAUAUCCAUUCAAAUUUA